CAGUCGCAACUUUGACUUGUUGACGGUUGGUUCUCCUCGGGAUUCUGGGGCUGCGUCGAAUUCCAGAUCGUUUGGCGCGAGUGCGAAACAUUUCAAAAGUUGCCCCUUUGCGUGAGACGUGCCCCCGAAAUGUUGGACUCACAGGACCAAGGCGGCCCGGGCCCCUGAAAACCAAAACCAAAAAAAAAGAAAGAAUUUAAGUAGUUAUAAAAAAAAUACACAAUUAAAUGAUAGCACAAGUAAUUUGGGCAUAGGCCGGCCAAAUCAACCAGAAACGGAGUGCAGAAUGCCCAUGAAGAAGGUGACGGUGAAGGAGUACGAUUCGCAGGAUGAGGCCAGCACCGAGCUGCUGGAGAAGCUCAAGCAUCUCGACCGCCGUGUGGAUGCCGCCGAGAGCGGCGGCGUGGCCAAGGGAACUGCCGGCGGCCGAAGGAGCACCGCCUGCUGGCAGUCGAUGAAGUGGAAGUCGGCGCUCAAUCACAUCGGACUGCUCGUCUCCCUGUCCAUUUACUGCGGCGUGGGCGGAUUGAUAUUUCGCCAUUUAGAACGUCCUGCGGAAGUGGAUCGCCUUUCGCAUCUGAAGGAUAUUGUGAAAACGCACAGAGAGCGCUUUCUGCACACCAUACUAAACAACACCGAAGUGCACAAUCUCGACGAGCUGUUGUCCUUCGAGCUGGCCAAAUAUGAAGCGGCCGUUCAACAGGCGGCUGAGGGAGGGCUACUCAUUGUGGCCGACAAAGACUUUCCAGAGCCCUACGAGCGAUGGAGCAUCCUGCAAGCUGUGUUCUUCUCAUCGACUGUGUUAACCACCAUAGGCUAUGGCAAUAUUGUGCCAGUGACGACCGGUGGUCGGGUGUUUUGCAUUUGUUUCGCCCUCAUCGGCAUUCCGUUCACCCUCACCGUGAUUGCCGAUUGGGGUCGACUGUUUGCUACCGCAGUCUCUGUGUUUGGCAAACACAUGCCCACCAAACCAAAGUUUACCAACUUUAUUGGCAAAACCUGGUUCUAUGCCAUUUUGGCCGUCGGCUUUCUGGGCGUUUACUUGGCCGCUGGAGCUGGUCUUCUCCUGCUCUGGGAAGAUGAUUGGACAUUCUUCGAUGGUUUCUACUUUUGUUUCAUCACCAUGACAACCAUCGGAUUCGGUGAUUUGGUGCCAAAGAAACCCAACUACAUGCUACUGUGCACAUUGUAUAUUCUCAUUGGCCUGGCCUUGACAUCGACCAUCAUUGAGCUGGUGCGCAGGCAAUAUGCCACCAGUUGGGCCAAGCUGCAGGAGCUAUCUGGUCCCAUGGCGGAGACUCUACGUCGCUUGGGCGAAACAGCGGGCACGGGCCUGGAUUACACAGCCCUGCAGAAGGUGCUUACGGUGUCCAUGCCCAAAUGGAAUAGCAAGAAGAACGAGCACAGUCCCGAUAUUGCGGCCCUGGAAGCCAUCACGAAUGCCAUUUUGAAGGAGGUCAAGGAGGCGCAGAACAACAAGCCGAAGGUCCUGCAGAUCGUCAUCUACGAGUCCUCCGUUUAGGAUUAUGCAAAUAUUAACCAAAAAUCGGGGGAAAGAAACAAGACAGCGAGAGAUAGAGAGAGCUUCCAACGAUGAAAAGUGCUGCAUAGUUUUGGGCGAGCGGGCAGAAAAGCAAAGAAAAUAUAUAUCAAGCGAAAUAUCAAUUGUAGUUAGGCUGCCGAUCGUCAACCACAUGUUACAGUGGACACUGGCUACUGUAGCACUGCCAGACUUCCAUAAGUUAGUGUCCGUACUUAUAGCUAUUAUAUAGUCAAAUGUCUAGGCAAUAAUAUUGCUCAUACGUACACACACACACAUGCAAAGCACGGCAGGUGAUUUAAUAUCUAUAGUAAUAGAAAAUCUUUUUUUUUUGAGUAAUUCUAACCGUAUGAGGUAGCUUAGGUUAUUGGUAAUCUUAAUCGUAACUCUUGUCCAUACCAUGCAUAAAUGUCAUCUUAAAAAUAAACCAAGAAAAAGACUUCAACAA